AUUAUGGUAAUGACAAAAGUAACUUACUUUUGAAUUAAAAAGUUGUUAAAAUUUGCUACAUUAAAAGUUUUUUUCUUGAUUUGAAAAUGAAAACUUUUACUGCUACAGUUUUUGAAAAUCUCAUUGCUCACUGAUUUAAAAGUUUUUACUUUUAAUACGACUAUAAAAUUUCUUUCAUUUUGACGUUCUCGUGUAACCGUGUACGCCUAAGUCGCAAAUGUAAACAAACACUUUGGUGGGUCCGGUGAUGCUGGUGAGUCUUGGACGCAAAGCAAAGCCGACUGCGGCAGCAGCCAGGAAUCGGACGCGGAAACCUUCGUGAGCCAAACAGCAGCAGCGGAACGCCUUCGAAGGAGGGUGGUGCAGGAGCGGGACGAGGUCGAGUGUUCGAAAAGGAUAAGGCCAGCUUCCUGCAGGAACUGCAGCUGUUCCACGGCCGGAAUGCGAUGAGAGGUAGGAAUGUGGAUUCGCACUGGUUGUAUUGGGUGGUGGUGGCCCGGGAUUGGUGGUUGAAGAUCAAUUCGCGUGAGGACUGGGGCGAGAUCAUCGAGGAGAUGGCGCUGCCGAAGCGUUGCGUGAACAACGAGAUUGCUUUGAAGAACUUCCGGUUUUUGGACAAGUACGCGAAAGUUUAUUUUCACGAUGGGCCUCCGACGAAGAGGAGGACGACGAAAAGCAACAUAAUCGGAGGUGGUCAGCGCAGAUGUUGCACUCGGUGCCGGCGGUUUACAGCACCGCAACUUCCCGCCCACAAACACUCACGUCGCGACGGCGCAGCUUCAGCCGAAUGAAUCUGGACAGUGAGCCAAAAAAAAAACUGUGUCAUUCUCGAAGUAGUUAGGAUUACGUGCUCAAAAUCGAACUCCGUUCCGAGGGCCUCAUCAACUCCAUGUUCCGGAUGCGCUUCCAGGAUCGGGAACUCCCCGUUCAGGCACUUAACUUUCCAGCCGGGAAACGUCGACCACCCUUCCCGAAUCAAUGGCCAACUCCUCCAAGACUGUCCUGAUUGAGGCCGGAAACGUGACCAUCGUGUUACACUGAUGUCGCGCGUUUAAGCCUCCAUCCGGAACCGUCCAGCCUGGGGUAUUCAGAAGUGACCGGUGGCGUAACGUAUGAAGCAGAAACUAGUGGAGAAGCGUUCAAUACAAAAAAAAGUGUUUUUCUAACAAACUGUUUAAUUUUUUUUUUUUAAUAAAUGUAAAAAAUCAAGCAAAUUUUUCUGAAAUUAUCCCUGUAGUGCUAAAUGUUGUGUAUUCUUACCAUAAAAGGUUUCUUUACCAAUUAAAAGUAAAAUACUUUUACCAAUACAACGAUUUUGUUCCAAAAAUGCAUGGUAGUAUCAAAAACUUUCCAACUUUUAAAUUGAAAAGUUUGAACUUUCUACGAAUAUUAACCAACGCGAACUUUUAAUCCAACGAACGAUCUUUUUAAAUUUAGAGUAAUUUUUCUUUGUGUGUAAAUUCUUAAAUUUUUAAAUUCUUAAAUUCUUAAAUUCUUAAAUUCUUAAAUUCUUAAAUUCUUAAAUUCUUAAAUUCUUAAA